ACUUACAUUGUACAAUCCCACUGGGCCGUCCAUGUUGUGAACCUAAGUGCUCCCUGAAGACUGAAACACUCAGGAAAUCUGCUCAGGAAACGUUUGUCUAGAGACCAUGCUAUUGUCUGUAAUCUUUCUGUUUUUCCAACUCUGGGGUAAUGUGGAAGUUUCUUCAUCACAGAUUGCAUGCUUAACGCUCCCAGAUGUUCCUCAUGCCAUAAUUUCAGAAGACACGAAAAAAGCUGAGUACCAAGGAGGACAUUUGAUACAUUUCACUUGUGAACCCGGCUACACUACAUCAGGUCCACCUAUCAGAUAUGUUUGCACGAGCGAGGGCUGGCUGGCUGUCCAACAGGAAACGUGCAACCUUCCAAGCUGUGCCCCCCCACCUGCAGAUGAAGGCAUCACAGUUAUAGGUUUACCAAAUUAUGAUGAUCCCAUACUUUCUGGUCACGUAAUUACAUUCACCUGUGAUGGUCCUCUGAAAUAUCUGAAUGGAAGUUCAGUGCUGAUAUGUGGUAAAGAUGGACAGUGGGAUAACCCAUUCCCCUCUUGUGAAGAUAUCACUUGCGAAGUUGAUGUGAUGCAGCCUCAUCUACAUGUUGCUGGACUACCAACAGCAAAUGGAAAAAUGAAGGUUGGACAGAUCUUACGGUUUCACUGCGACGAUCAAUUUACAAUAAAGGGGUCUGAAGAAAUUGAAUGUUUACCAACUGGCGAGUGGAAUACCGCCUUUCCAACUUGCGCUGAAAAAUGCAAAGUUGCAGGAGUUUCAAACAGCAUGCACUUGAUCACACAUGUACCAAACAAUCAACUAAGAAGAGGACAAAAGUUGAGGUUUGCUUGCAACAAUCAGAGACACGUUCUUCACGGGAAGGAAGAAGUUGAGUGUUUAGCAAACGGACAUUGGAGUGAUCCCUUUCCAACAUGUGGAGCUCCUUUCGGGUGUCUGAAAUCACCAGCCCUUCCAGAUGGAGACACGGUGGGACAUGUACAAUUCACAUACAACCAUGGAGAAAGGGUUGGAUAUGUCUGUCAGUAUCUCUACACUAUGCAGGGUGAGCCUUACAAAACCUGCCACAAUGGGGAAUGGAUUGGACAGAUGAGAUGUCUAAAACCAUGCACUGUGAAUGAAGAAGCCAUGCGCUUGCAUCAUAUUGAAUUCAGAUAUAAAGAUGACAAAAAGCUGCAUGUGCCCCAUACUGAUCAUUUGACUUUCAAGUGUACCGAAGGUAGAUACUCUGUCAGCACAUUGAACAUGCGUCAGAUGUGUGUUGAUGGUGAAAUGGAGCUGCCCACUUGCCAGUAAAGGCUUUUAUUUAACGGGAUGAGAUAUAAACAUAAGCUGGAUUGACAACCAAAGUAAUGUUUUAGACCAGUAAUGUCCUGAUCCAGUGGCUAUACUUCAGUGCUGUGUGCGUUCAUUUUAAUAAAAGAUAUAUUUCCCCUUG